AUGACGGCGGCAACCGCUUUGCUUCGCCGCCUGCGCUCGCAGUGGGCCUGCGCUGCCAUCGGCGGCAGCACGUGGGUGCCCUACGCCGCGGCGGCGAGGCACGCCACGGCCGGGAAGUCUGGCGGGGAUCGGCGGCGUGGCAAAAGCAGCGGGAAAGUUGGCACCGCACGGAAGGUGCGCAAAGAGGCUUCUGAAGCAGCGGACACCGUCGUGGGAGGCGCAGCGGCAGCGGCAGUGGCGGAAGCGCCUGCACAACAGCAGCGGCCCGAGAACUCCGCGACGCGUCUUCUCCAGUCACCCCUUUGGUCUCCGACGGAGGCGGAGUACGAGGCACUCGUGGCCAAUCUGCUGCUGUACCGUCGUGAAUCGCUGGAGCCGGUGCUGAGCGCCCUCCAAAAGGAACGCGCCCUUUUCGAGGAGUCCGUGAAGCAGAUGGAGACACGUGUCGCGGAGCUCUACGCCGUGCGUGAGGAGAUACGGAAGAUGCUGCAGGAUGGCGCCGCCGCGCAGCGGCGGGCACUGGCAGAGGCGCUGCCCGGCGACCACGCCGCUGCUGACGGCUCGGCGGAGGCGGAGGCGGAGGCGGAGGCGGAGAAGACGGGGAGAUAUCGCUUUGAGCGGUGGCGGUCUCGGCGUCGUUGGGCACGUGGCGUGUUGCGGCGGCGGUCGCUAACGCAGCAACAAUCAUCUGCAGAGGCACAGUGCUGCUGCCCUGUGAACGGUGUCACCUUUUUUUUUUUCAUUGUUGUUGUUGUUGUUGCUUUUUUUUAA